AUGGCACACGGAGAUGGUGGCGAUGAUGUACAACCUUCGACCAGCAUGCCGAAAACGGUCUGUCCGGUGUGCGAUAAAUGGUUUCCGCGUGUCGACAUUGAGUUGCACGUUGAUGAAUGCCUGAACCGGUGCGAGGCAGCGAACGAACGAGAGAUGCCGAACAACUCACAAUCAGUAACGCCUUCCACGGAAGAAAUACGGCGGCCAGUAGACGGAGCACCACAAUUAUCAAAACGAAACUUUAGCAUCUUUGAACGAAGUCCAAAGUCAGCCAAGCGACCACGCAUCGAGGAAACACCGGUUGUUGUGUCCAGUGCUAAUCGGCAGGAUAAGGACAUAAUGUGCAUUAAUUUGGACGUUGACGAGGAAGAAGUGAAUGAGCAGUAUAACGAAUCGGCAAUGGCUUCGCAGAAAAAGGCACCAAAAAAAUUUUUCAAAUUACCACUCGCGGAAGUGAUGCGUCCGUCGAAAAUCGAAGAUUAUGUCGGACAGGAUGCAAUUCUCGGACAAAACGCGAUACUGCGCAAGCUGCUCGAUAGCUCGAACAUUCCGAGCUUGAUUCUGUGGGGACCACCGGGUUGUGGGAAAACGACACUGGCCAACAUAAUUGCCAAUCGCUGCAAGCUCGAAUCAGCCACGCUGCGUUUCGUGAAGCUUUCUGCUACGAUGGCCGGUGUGGCGGAAGUGAAGGAGGCGGUAAAGAUCGCUAAAAACGAUAGCAAAUACAACCGCCGUACAUUGCUGUUCAUGGACGAAAUACAUCGGUUUAACAAGCUGCAGCAGGAUAUCUUUCUCCCACACGUAGAAUCUGGCACGAUAACGUUGAUCGGUGCUACAACGGAAAACCCAUCGUUCAGUCUUAACUCUGCCCUGCUGAGUCGGUGCCGGGUGAUUGUGCUGGAGAAGCAUUCGGUGGAGAGCAUGAUGAAAAUACUCGUGCGUGCGCUGCCAGAAUACGAAGCGGUCAUGGUACCGGAAAGCGUUAACAAUAACGAGGAUAAGUUACCCGAUUUCAGCAAGUUGUCAUUCAUUCCACGCACGAUAAUCCAUGAGGAAACCGUCCGCUGGCUCGCGGAAACCUGCGACGGUGAUGCACGCAUCGGACUGAACAGUUUGCAGCUAGCCUUAUCCGGUGCCGCUUCUACAACAGACAAUAUUUAUGAGUCGCUGAAGACCGUUUCACUUCAGGACAUCCGUGAGGGUAUUAAAAAAUCUCAUCUGCUGUACGACCGUAAAGGGGACCAGCAUUACGAUAUUAUAUCCGCACUGCACAAAUCCAUUCGUGGAUCGGAUGAUAAUGCAGCGCUGUACUGGGCGACGCGCAUGAUCGCGUCCGGCGAAGAUCCGCGCUACAUCUGCCGCCGGAUGAUACGCAUGGCGAGCGAGGAUAUUGGUGUAGCGGACACAAACGCACUACAAGUAGCGACCGCAACACUGGCGGCCGUACAAUCGGUCGGUAUGCCGGAAGCAGACUGUAUUAUCGCACACUGUGCCGUCUAUCUGGCGCGUGCACCCAAGAGCCGCGAAGUAUACGAAGCGUACAAACGCUGCCGGGCGUCGAUCGAUGGGUGGAAGGGUCCGAUGCCAGGGGUGCCGCUGCAUCUGCGAAAUGCCCCGACGAAGCUGAUGCGCGAUCUGCAGUACGGCGUAGGGUACAAUAUGCUUCACAAGGAUCAGUCGGGGUUGAAUUACAUGCCGGAAGGGUUGGAAGAUGAACAUUAUUUUUCGGAAUAG